AAAACAUGGACCUGUAAACAAACACAGCAGCAAACUUAUGACUGCUUUUUACAGCAGCCAGAAUAGUGAUGCAAUCGGUACCUUUGAUGCAACCCUUUUGAUCUUGAAGAGUCGUAAGACAAUGGCAGGCAACAAGAGCAGCAGCAGCAGCAACGAUAAACCUCUGUGGCGACCGCUGGCACAUAAGUUGUCCAGCCUGAUCCCGCUGCGACGCCUCAAUAAAGCCAAAUCCAAGCCCGAUGUCAGGUCCGACCAUGCUUCGCAAUCCAACGCGUCGGACUUUCGACUUGAUGUUCAGUUAAACGGCCUCGAGAGCCUUCGUCUCCCGAGUAGUUGGCUCCUCCAGCCCAAGGACGCCGACAAGCAGCAAUCAUCGCCUGCCGACGCGUCGCAUCAGUCAGCGAGACUUAGUCAUCCGUUUUCGCGGAAGCCAGUUAAUCGCAAUGAAGCCACUCGACCCUUGACAUUUAUCGACAGCAGCGAUGCAGACCAGCACCAAGCUCGAGCAUCGGCGCUGGAAGCCAUCAACAAUCCAGAUGUGUCGGCAACGCCCAGUAUCCUAGACCGUGGUCGACCAGUCGAGGCCAGACAUUUAAUUCACCAGCCGGUCAAGAACCUCAAGAACCAUCGCAAGUCAUUACCUCUAGACCUGGAGACUAUGUUCCAGGCCCCUAACGAAGAUCACGAUUCAAAUGCACUACGCACCGCCACUAUUCGCUUGGUGCCAAAUGAAAGUCUCAUUGCCACUCCAUCUACUCCAUCGGUAAAAGAAUCGCCAAGAUGGACUGCAGAGCGUGAGGCACGGUUAGCUAUGCCGCCACCACCUAGACCACUCAGCACCAGCCCAAUUGACUCGCCGUCUACUGCUACGCCUUCUAAAGGAAUCCAAAUUCCACGAAACCCUCAAUUGGCCUUGAAGAGACCCACCAGCCUUGGACCUCCUGCACAAAAGGCUGCCGAGUCACCCUCAUCAGAAACUCCCCUCGCUAGGGUCAAUUCAAAGCGACCAGGCGCACUGAGUGACCGCCUAGCCUGGAUGCGAAAGCUAGAAGAGAAAGAAAACACCAAACCAAACAACGACCUGACCGCGCUUCAGAAACGAGCUGGCUCCGUUUCAGACAAGCUCGCCAUGUUUGAGAAGAAGAACCUCUCCGUCACAUCCGCCUCCUCCAAGCGCCUCCAACUACCAGCGAGGAACACAAGCAGCCAGUAUUCAGCGUCGGUGCGCGAGUCCAUCUUCUCGGCGGAUGGCAGCGCUUAUGCCCCGUCGCCUCGCACGUCGAUGGACACUGCGCGGACUUCCUCCGUUAUGAGCUAUUACGACGAUUCGUUCCGAGAGAAACUCGAGUCAAUUGUUGGUCAAGAGCCUGAGGCGAAUAAGCAAGCAGAGGAGUGAAUUGGUUCCUCACUCAGUGCUCUUGCCUUGCUUUGAUGAGAUGAUUACAGAUCGAGAAUGAAGAUGAUUUAGAAUGUAUUUAUUGAUAUUACUAGAGCAGGUUUCUUUCAUACGAUGGCGUUGAUGACUUAUCUUAGAUAUGAUUGGGGAAUUAUUUUAGAUUCUCUUUAAUAUACUGCACGCAAUGUGUCACUUACAUUGAGUUGUCUUCUCUCCUAUGUUUAGUUGUACAAGCUGUAC